UUUAUUUCCUCUCAUCAGCUUUGCGAAUCCUAUUCGACCCUCUGUGUCCGCAUUGCUGUCCAGAAAACAUCAUCCCUUCAAGAACGUAUUAGCCACUGAAAUCUACUGACAUUCGACACUAAGUUCUGGGUUAGAGAGAGAGAGAAGAUGGCCGUGGCUAUGGCGUUUGCUCAGUCCACCGCCUUCUCCUCCAGAGCCUUGCUCUUUCUCCACAGGAGCGGCAGGAGGAGCUUCACCGCGUUCUCGGUGCCUUACUCCUCGUCCGCGACCGCCGCCUCUUCUUCCUCGGCGUUCUCUUCCGUUGACAACCUUCGCCGCCAGAAAUGGAGGGCACCCGUUGCUUCGGCGCUUGAGCGAGGCGGCGUCAAGAUCGCCAGAGACGGAAUUGAUUCUUGAUUCGAUACCAAUGGUGGUUGGCAAUAUAAUGAAUGUCGUGCGAGAUGAGCCUACAAACAAUAUCCCAGACACUAUAUUUACAAAACUUGGACAGCAGCUUCACAGAAGGAACCAACAUCCGAUAGGAAUUUUGAAGAAUGCAAUAUAUGAUUACUUUGAUUCUAAUUACGAGAACAAGUUUGACAAGUUUGAUGAUCUCUGUCCAAUCGUCACCGUAAAACAGAACUUUGAUGAUGUCCUUGUUCCUGCUGAUCAUGUAAGCCGGAGCUACAAUGACACGUAUUAUAUCGACCCUCAAACAGUUUUGAGGUGCCAUACAAGUGCUCAUCAAGCAGAGAUUUUAAGCAAGGGUCACACACAAUUCCUUGUUACUGGAGAUGUUUACCGGAGAGAUUCUAUUGACUCGACGCAUUACCCAGUUUUUCAUCAGAUGGAAGGUGUCCAUGUUUUUUCUCCGAAUGAUUGGGAGUCAUCUGGCCAGGAUAGCACUGCUUAUGCGGCAGAGGAUUUAAAGAAAUGUUUGGAGGGUUUGGCACGCCACUUAUUUGGUGCUGUGGAAAUGCGCUGGAUUGAUACAUAUUUCCCAUUUACUGAUCCAUCAUUUGAGCUUGAGAUAUAUUUUCAGGAAAAGUGGCUUGAAGUUUUGGGAUGCGGUGUUACAGAACAAGAAAUUCUGAAGAGAAGUGGUAACUCAAAUAAUGUUGCUUGGGCAUUUGGACUUGGAUUAGAGCGACUUGCUAUGGUUUUAUUUGACAUACCAGAUAUUAGGCUUUUCUGGACAACUGAUGAGCGAUUUACGUCUCAGUUCUCUGAAGGCCAGCUUGGCGUCAAAUUCAAGCCAUUUUCAAAGUUUCCUCCUUGUUACAAGGACAUGAGCUUCUGGAUCAACGAGUCUUUUACUGAAAACAACCUGUGUGAAGUGAUCAGAGGCAUUGCCGGCGAUCUUGUUGAGGAGGUAUGCUUGAUCGAUAAUUUCACAAACAAGAAAGGGAUGACCAGCCAUUGCUACAGGAUUGCUUAUCGCUCCAUGGAGCGUUCACUGACAGAUGAAGAAAUCAAUGAGUUGCAGUGGAAGGUGAGAGAACAAGUGGAGAGCCACUUAAAGGUGGUCCUAAGAUAAGGGUUCCUUGUGCUGUACUAUAGAUGAUCUUCUCAUAAUUUUUCCCCUAGUUUUCAAAAGUUAAGCCCGUCCGUUGGCACCUUGUACAUCCAUGUCAUUUUUUUCAUAGCGACUAAUCAUGGCUGAAGUCGCCCCCCAAAUGGUGUCAAAGGAGAGAAACAUGGCGUCAUUUUUACUUUUUUUCUAGUGCGACGUGUAUCCCAAUAGUUUAAAUGAUUUCCGUUCUACAAAUGAAAGUGCAAAUUUGUAUGAGAAUUGUGCAACUCGGGUAUAGCGACUUUCAUUUUGACAGGGAGUGCAGAUCAUUAGGGCCAUGAA